AUGUCCGAGUAUCUUGGAUUGAGAGAUCGUGUUCCAUUGACCAGAGAGCAAUCAUCGUCGCUCAAAGAGGAUACCUUCUAUGGUGGGCCAGUGACACAAAGCUAUGAGAGCUAUGUCAAAAACAUAUUCCAUCCGAUGAAUAGGCUUAAAAAGGAUAGUUCACAACUGGCAGCUGAUCAUGGUGUUUCUGCGACUAAAAUGUUAAAUAUGGAACGAUCUCUGGGACGUUACGCCAUUGACGAUUCCUUAGAUUCGUUUGAUGAAAGCAAUUUAUUCCUUAAGACUCCCCUAGAAGCGCUGUACUCGGAGCUUGGAAUGAAAAGUCCGGAGCAUGCUCUUUAUCGUCAAUUCCCUGUCUACAUGCCGAAACAGUCAAGCGAAUACUUUGCCAUAUCACAUGGAGCAGAACGGCGAGGCGAUCGACUUCCGAGUAAUGGCUUAUACUCAUCCUAUCGCGAAAGAGAAGAUGAGGAGUACGCCAAGAACAAUCACAAGACCCUCAUCGAUUACAAGAACUUUGACAGCUCUCCCCUUUCGCCUUAUCUCUACAGAGAUCACCCGUACGUUAGGUCGCAGGAUUCCCGGAUUGUUGGAUCGAAUUUCGUGCAGGUAACAUCUCGACCAAAGGAUCGUUUCCUUGAAAAAGUCGAACAAACGUUAGCGGAGGUACGAGCAAUGCCCAGAUACACGUAG